GUAUGGUAUUUGCUUUUGAGUUUGGUAAUACGGUACGAUACCGAUCUGAUUCUAACUGACACCAUGAGAAACUCGAGGGUAAAUUUUAUAACUUCCGCCCAUUGUUCAUCAUCCCAAAUCCCAAUUACAGAUCCUAAACCUGAAUAAUAAAGAUCUAAAUCUAGGGUUCCUAUCAUCCCACUACAUCGACACAAAAACCCCCAAUUUUCAAAUCGUACACCCAAAUUCUCCACAAUUUCUUCACAGGAUUUGGAAUUGAAUUGAUCGGAUCGGAUCGGAUCUCUGGUAUAUGGUAGAAUAGAUGGGGAUAGUGUUUACGAGAUUGUUUUCGUCGCUUUUCGGAAACAAAGAAGCUCGAAUUCUUGUUCUAGGGCUUGACAAUGCUGGCAAAACCACUAUACUUUAUCGGCUUCAAAUGGGCGAGGUUGUCUCCACUAUUCCAACGAUCGGGUUUAAUGUAGAGACGGUGCAAUAUAACAAUAUUAAGUUUCAAGUUUGGGAUCUCGGUGGGCAGACCAGCAUCAGGCCAUACUGGAGAUGCUAUUUUCCAAAUACUCAAGCCAUAAUAUAUGUGGUCGAUUCCAGUGACACAGAAAGACUAGUAAUUGCUAAAGAAGAAUUUCAUGCAAUUUUAGAGGAGGAAGAAUUGAAAGGUGCUGUGGUUCUCAUUUUUGCAAACAAGCAGGAUCUUCCUGGAGCGCUUGAUGAUGCUGCUGUGACUGAAUCCUUGGAAUUGCAUAAAAUCAAAAACCGUCAAUGGUCAAUAUUUAAAACUUCUGCAAUUAAAGGAGAAGGUCUAUUUGAGGGAUUAGACUGGUUGAGCAACACACUUAAGUCUGGGGGUGCCUAAAGCUAGGAGUUUGUGAGCUGGUAGCGUGAUUGAUAUGGUAUGAGGAGGCAUGAUGUGUUUUUGGAGGCCAAAUACUAUUGAAUUGUACUAAAUUUCAUAUCACUAUUUUUCUUAAUUUUUAUUAGUUUUUGUAUACCUGUUUUUGAUAUAUUUUUUUCCAUGAAAAAUGAAUAUUAUGUAAGGUUGUGUGUUUAUGUGUGUUUGGAAACUGAGGAUUUCUAAUUGCUCA